GCCCGCUUGUGGUGAACGAUGAAUAAUUUUUUCACUGGACGGAGCUGACGACUUUCCAUAAGUCUCUGUUUACCAUGGCAACACUUGAAUGUGUGACUAAUCAAGAACUGUGUUUCGUUUGAAAUGUUAGUGAUCUUCUUCAGAUAAUUGUAAAGAUUGAUGACGGACCAUCAAUGUCUAGGUUAUCGUCCCGUAAUGAGGAUACUUGGACACAACUUCAAGAAAGAUUGCGAAAGAGACGGGAGAUAAAGGAGACACCUCAUGGAGGUGGGUUAGAUCAUGGAUCAUCAACAAACAGACACAGGUCUGUUCCUCCCAAUCCACUACCAAGACUUGCCAGCCCGUCUCAAUCAGAGAGUCUUUGUCUCACAUCCCCAGAGCUCAGGGGAAGGCACUACUCUAAGGUUCCACCAGUUCAAAGUCUUCCAACUCACAGACCCCAAUCAGAUGAUACACUCAGUUUAAAGAGUCACAACUCAGACACAUCUCCAGAGCCACCCCUUGCCCCUCCGGACCAUAGAGCUCCUCCUCCCUACAUCUCAAAUGGAACAUCCCACUCUGCACCAGAACCAGCAUACAGAGAGGUGCCAGCCUGGGACCAGUACACUGGAAGGCGGGCGGGGACAGAGAGAAGAGAAGUGAGGGAUGGUGGAAGACGGAAAGGGAAGAAGAAAUACUAUGUGAGGCAGGGAAUGAGAGGAUUUGAGGAUGAUGCUGAGGAUCUUAUCUAUGCAAAUCAGUUGGAGAUGAUGGAGGAAAGAAGAAGAGACAGGUAUCCAGAUCAUGGGAGUAGGGGUGAAGGACCAACGCUGGUGGAAUAUGAUGAUAUUCUAGGACCAAUAGAACUGCCAAGGAUAGACACUCAGAGACGGGAAUCCAGUGCUGCUAUUCGGAUGCAGGAUGAACUAUUUGCGCAAACAUUCCUUGAGUAUUUCCUGACUAGUUGCUUACAAGAUGACAUGGUCUUAGAAGUUGCCGUGGAUGUCAUGGCCAGUGUCAGGGAUGAAAGGGACCUUGAGCGGCAGUUAUCUUGGCCUGUUCUUGACCUAGGAAGAGAGAUUAUAGAUGAGAUUAUCCAUGAGAAUCUCAGAGAUAUAGCCUUCAUUGAACUCAGAUCAUCCAUCAAGGGAUUCUGGAACAUGGUCUUAGACACACCCUCCCUGUACAAACCCAUUGCUAGAGAUCUCCUUCGUGAGUUGAUUGAUGAUGAAGUAUCAUCCAUCGUACCAGAAGCAAUCUCAGAGCUGGUUACCGAAUACUUCGUCCAGAAAGAUGUCGUAGUCGACUUCAAUGUCAUCUGUGAUGAGGUCAUCGUAGGACUCCUGCCUGAUAUAAUUCUUGAGGCUGUGUAUGAUGAGAGCAUUGUGUCACUAGUAGAAGGAAUCAUCCAAGAUGAGAUAGUCUCCCUCGCCAGCAGUUUUAUGGAGGAUUCCUUUGCAACCGGGAGGCCUAAGAUUCCUAUCAGCCCAGAGCAGAGACUACAUGAUCAGGAUGAGAUCAAAGCUUUGGCCGACACCUUCUUGCUGGAUGUCACCAUCUUUGAGAAUAUUUUGACAUCUCAUCUUCUCCCUAACCAACAAGUAUGGAGUAAUGAAGAGUAUUUAGAUCUCUACUUGGAUUCUCUUCUUUUGGAUCAAGUACUUGGUCAGGAGUUGGAGGUCGUAAAGAGAAGAGACUACACAGAAUUUUGUUUACCGCUUAAGAGAUACCAUGAAAAGAUCACAACAAAUGUUGCGAUAGACGUCAUCUUGGAAGAACUAACUGGACACCUUGAUGAGGACAUGGCUGAAAUGGAUGAAUGUGAAGUAGAGAUGGAUAGAACAUUGAAACUUGAUCCCCACUGAAUCAUGCUAAUCUAUUAAUAGUCUAUUUAGAUUUGUAAGAUACUUCAUGUUGAGAAGUUAAUUCUGUUUGGAUGCACAGUCAGAAAUUCAUCUAACUUGAAUCAUGUUUUAUUUUGCUUUUGAUGAUUUGAAUCAUGAUACUGUGUUUUGAAUAAUGGUCUAAUCUGCAUUAUUGCGGGGCGAAUUAGCCCCCUCCCCCCUGCAAAUGAAUUAAUCACAAUAUGAAUCUUUCAAAGAAGCCAUCUGCAUGCAGCACAUUAAUAUUGAUUUGUAUUGUGGGAUGGGGGGGGGGGGGGAGGGAGGCCUCACCAAGCAUUUAACAAUAUACUUUCACACAGGCAUGUCUAUAUUGUGAUUUGAAGGGCUCAAAAGUCAAGCCCACCCAAGAAAAAUGUUGAUUUGAAUAAAUAUUGACAAAUCAAACUAGCAUAACGCUGAAAAUUUCAUCAAAAUCUAAUGUAAAAUAAGAAAUUUACGACAUUUUAAUGUUUUGCUUAUUUUUCACAAAACAGUGAUAUGCACAUUUCAGUGGCAUGCAAAUGAGACAGUCGAUGAUGUCCCUCACUAUUUCUUUUGUUUUUUAUUGUUCGAAUUAUACAAUAUUUCAUUUUUUAGAGAUUUGACAAUAAGGACCAACUUGACUGAAACAUUAUAGUAUUAAACAAUGCAAAUUCCACAUGUUCACGGAGAAAGUAAUCAUUAUUUCACUUGACAAUGAGGAAAAAAUUAGAAUAUUUCAUAUAAUAAGAUUUAAAAAAGAGUGAGUGGAUGACGUCAUCAGUCUCCUCAUUUGCAUACCGACCAGGAUGUGCAUAUAACUGUUUUGUGAUUUAAAGCGAAUCUUUAAAAUGUCAUAACUUUCUUAUUUUACAUCCGAUUUUAAUGACAUUUUCAGUGUUAUGCUUGUGGAGGAGCCGUGGUGUAGUGGUUCUGACUCUCGCCUUGUAAACAGAGGGUCGUGUGUUCGAAUCCCACCGCUGUCUGGCGUCCUUUGGCAAGGCGUUAAUCCACACUUUGCCACUCUCGACCCAGGUGCUAAAUGGGUACCCGGUAGGAUGUGAAAGUCAUUGUAGCUUGUCCAGUACUGUGUGCGCUUCAUCGGCAACUGACUGGAAUACUCCCCAGGGAGUGGAGGAUGUGCACACAUUGUGUGCGUGAAUGACUGAUUGAAUCCGAUGACCGGGGUAAUAAUAUAUCUGUAAAGCGCUUUAAUACACACGUCGUUUCGAUGUAUUAAGCUCUAUAUAAAAGCGGAUUAUUAUUAUGCUUGUUGGAUUUUUCUCUUUUUAUUCAAAUUAAUAAUUUUUUGGUGGACUUGUCCUUUAAUCACAUUAUGGUUCACACUCCUGGCAAGGGGAGAUUGCCACUCACUUUGUCUUUAUCCCUCAUGGAGUAGUUCAUCUACAGUACUUAUAGUUUGGUCUAAUUACUGUGAGUAUUAGACCAAGUGAUGAUUGGACCAACUAAUCUCUAGACCAAUUUGAUAGACCAAGUAGGUUUAGCCUUGAUGGUGUUAGACAACGACCAAAAUAAUAGAUAAACAAAUUUUGUAUUUUAUUAAGAUCAUUCCUUUGCACCAGAUCAUUUGUUCGUGAUAUUCCUCCUUCAUACGAUAGAAGAAUUUGAAAGUUCAUAAUAAAUAUUUUCAUCUUAUAAUAACUUUCAUUAUCUUUAAAGUAAAGAUUUCAAGUUUUGGUUAAUGUGUCAACCUUUAUGUAUAUGGGUCUUGAGUUUAUUUAUUAAAUAGCCGCCUUUCAGGCUCUUUUGUGUGUACAUUCUGAAAUUUUGUAAUAUAUGUAAAUUUAUUUAUAUAUCUGAAUUAUCAAAAUAAAGAGAAGUUUUUAUUUUCUAUUGAUUUUAAAUUGUAAGAAAUGUGGAAGCACAAUAAUAUUACUAUUACAUGCCACUUUUAAGGAGUCUGUAAGCUAAAAAACAUCCAUACAUCAAUAUACAUGAUUUUCAUGUAUGAAAUUUCUUUUAUUAAAAGUCAGAUUUUUGUAUUGUGAGAAAUUCCAUCAAUGUUGGAAAUUUUGACAUUUUUUACACACACCCACUUUAUCCUUUUGUAUGAUGUUAAUGUUUUAUAUUAAAUAUUUCAAUCUUGAUAUAAAGAAAAUGAUCAAAUUAAACAAUUGAUUUUGAAGGACAAAGUUCAUGCAUCCAAUUUCAAUGAAACAAAUACUCUUUGAUCAAAAUCUUUUUGAAGAUACUUAAUUUGUAGGAUUAUUGUGGAAGCGUCGUGGUGUAGCAGUUCUGACUCUCGCCUUGUAAUCAGAGGGUCGUGUGUUCGAAUCCCACCAUGGCCUAGCGUCCUUUCGCAAGGCGUUAAUCCACACUUUGCCACUCUCCACCCAGGUGUUAAAUGGGUACCCGGUAGGAUGCGAAAGCCUAUGUAGUAUGCCUAGCAAUUGAGUCUUAGAACUCUUGUUGGAAUGCUCCCCAGGGAGUGGAGAGGAUGCAUACAUUGUAUGCGGGCAUGCAAGGAUCCGAUGACCGGGGUAAUAAUAUGUCUGUAAAGCGCUUAGAGACGUCGUUCUGAUGUAUUAAGCGCCAUAUAAAUGCGGAAUAUUAUUAUUAUUGUGUAAUCAGAUUAUUGGAAUUGAAACAGAGCAGACUCAGCAAUAACUAGAAAUUGCAUUUAAUGUUUUAAAAAUGUGUUCAAUGUCAGAAGUAUUCCACUGGCGAUAGUUUUUUAAGCAUUGCAAAUCUUAGUGUUUUUUUUGUUUAAUUAGAUUUAAUAAGGUCUUUCCAUCUGGAAUUCCGUCCACGAUUAUAGCCUUCCAUUUUUAUGCAGUGAUUUGUAUACCAAAUCCGUCCAAAUAUUAAAUUUCUUUUCACAGAGUUUUUUUUCUAUUGGUAGGAAGGAUAAGAUGAUAUUCAUACAGAAGACGUUUUCCUGUAUUUAUUAUACCAUAUACAUGUAUCCUUUAUUGUACUAGUGAAGAAGUUCCAUGAGGAAGAAAACAUAUAUUUAUUUCUGAAUGCUGUAUUCACAUUUGUAAACUGGUCAGUUUGUAGCAAAUGUAUUUUAAUGUUUAUUUUUGUCAAAUGAAAGAUAUGAAAAUGUGUUCAAUGUCAGAAGUAUUCCACUGGCGAUAGUUUUUUAAGCAUUGCAAAUCUUAGUGUUUUUUUUGUUUAAUUAGAUUUAAUAAGGUCUUUCCAUCUGGAAUUCCGUCCACGAAUAUAGCCUUCCAUUUUUACGCAGUGAUUUGUAUACCAAAUCCGUCCAAAUAUUAAAUUUCUUUUCACAGAGUUUUUUUUCUAUUGGUAGGAAGUAUAAGAUGAUAUUCAUACAGAAGACGUUUUCCUGUAUUUAUUAUACCAUAUAUGUACAUGUAUCCUUUAUUGUACUAGUGAAGAAGUUCCAUGAGGAAGAAAACAUAUAUUUAUUUCUGAAUGCUGUAUUCACAUUUGUAAACUGGUCAGUUUGUAGCAAAUGUAUUUUAAUGUUUAUUUUUGUCAAAUGAAAGAUAUGAAAAUGUAUUUUUCCGACGCACUGUUUGUAAGUUGAAAUAUCAGAGAAAUGUUUAGCAAGUUCCUUGUGUAUCAUGCUACUUAAAUUGAUUUAUUUUCUUUCUUUCUUGCUAUGUUGAUGGUCAAUGCUGAUACGUGCAGUGGCGUAUCUAGGAUUUUCCACAGGGGGGGCAAAUCGUCCGCCAAAAAAUUUGACAAGCAAAAAAAAAAAAAGGUCUUCAACCACAAAUAAAGGAUUUCGUAUCUGACAAGCAAAAAAAAAGAAGGUCUUCAAGACUCGUCAGGGGGGGCAUUCUGCCCCCCCCCCGUAGGUACGCUAGUGGAUACAUGGUAUAAAUAGCUGAUUGCU